AUGCUGCUGAAGCAACCGUCCAAGACGCCGGACCUAUACUCUUCCCAAGUUGCCCCUCUAGUCGAGAAGGCUAUGAACGGCUUCAACAGUACCGUCUUUGCGUACGGUCAAACGGGAAGCGGAAAGUCAUUCACCAUGACCGGUCACCCCGCUGAACUCGGUAUCAUUCCCUGCGCAGUUGACGGGGUCUUUGAUGCCAUCACAGUCGACAUGGACCGGGCUUUCCUCCUCCGCGUAUCGUAUAUCGAGAUCUACAACGAGACACUGCGGGACCUGCUCAACUUCAAGAAGAACAAGGACGCGCCGGCCAUCCACACCAACAAGGGCAAGGUCUACGUGGAACCGCUGGUCGAGGAGAUUGUAUCGACACCCCAGGACGUGAUGAAGCUGUUGAGCAAGGGGAAUGAGGGGCGGAAGGUGGGCGCCACCGACUGGAACGACCGAUCUUCGAGAUCUCACUGCGUCUUCACGAUCGUCAUCGAGUCACGGCCGCGGGAUGGGGAUGGUGACGAUGACAUCCGGUUGAGUCGCCUAAACCUGAUUGAUCUGGCUGGGUCUGAGAAAGCUGUCUCCGACCUGGAACGCAGAGGCGAAGGCAAGCAUAUCAAUCAAAGUCUGCUGGCGCUCCGAGAAGUCAUCAACAAGUUGACCGAGAAGAAACGAUCACACAUUCCGUACCGCAAUUCCAAACUCACUCAUUUACUGGAGAACGCCCUUGGCGGCGAUUCCAAUAUCUGCGUCAUCUGUACCAUCUCCGCCGAAGAGGAGCAUGCGUCCGAAACGCUCGAGACGCUCAAAUUUGCCGGGAGAUGCUCGCAAGUCGAGACCAAGGCGAAGAAGAACCUCCUGUCAUCCGAACGAGCCUUGAUCCGAGCCAAAGAUGCUGAGAUCGACGAGCUCAAGAACCGGUUGCAGCAUCUGGUGUCGGAUGGGGUGCGGUUGGAUGCACCUUCGAGCAGUUCGCACGUAUCCGAGGUAAGCUGCAAUAUGCUCCGCCAAUACAGGAAGCUAACGAUCCCAGCUGGCCGACUCCGUCGCAGACCUCGAGAAUAG